AUGAAGCAGUUUGCAAUCCGUUCUUUUCUGCUGUACCGAUGCCUUUGUAUCGUCGGCUGCAUCACGGUGUGGGACGGCGCAUCGCGGUCCUUUAACUUUCCCCAAGAAGGAGAAGCACCCGGCAAUGAUCUGCUCACGCGACAAGCCACGAACGUGAGCACCGGCAUCACGAGCGGAGUCUUGACCGGCACCGUACCACUGCCAACAACGGGCGUUCUCGCUCCGAAUAUCGUUAAUACAGGCGGCCAAACGUGCAUCUGCGUCCCCACGGGCCGUUGCAACACAACGGGUACUUCAACGGGCACCGAUGGCGCUGGACAGCUGGACGUGAGAAUCGUAACCAACCCUGGGGCCACGGCUGUAAACACCACCGCAACGACAACGACGACCACCGCAACCCCGAUCCCGAACAUUAAUGUGAAUAUCGUGUCACCAACGACCUGUGCUGCGGGCCUCGAGCGAUGCUGUAUGGCCGGAGGCUACCAAUGCGGACUACAGUAUCCGCCGGUUGCGACGGCUCCGGCCGUUUUUGCCAACCAGGCCGCCUACGGUGAGUAUCCGUGGCAGGUGGUUCUGCUCGGUCCGGGCGAUGUGUACGUCGGGUCAGGUGUCCUGAUCGACAACUUGAACGUGCUGACGGCAGCCCACAAAAUUUCCGACUACACAUCCGGCACCCGAGCAUUGAAGGUGCGUCUCGGUGAGUGGGACGCUGCGUCGACCUCGGAAUCGUUGCCGGUGCAAGAUUUCACCGUCGCCCGGUACUUCGUUCAUCCGAACUUCACGGUGGCCAACCUGCGGAACGAUAUCGCCGUGCUGCGUCUCUCCGCAGUGGUCAAUCUCGGUGUGACACCAACCAUCGCCACGGCUUGCCUGUCCACGGCAUCAUUCGUCGGAAACCGCUGCUGGGUGUCGGGCUGGGGUCGGAACGAUUUCACGAGCGGUGCAUACCAAGCGAUCCCCAAAGAGGUCGAUGUGCCCAUAGUGGCCACGGCCAACUGUCAGACGGCCUUGCGAACGACACGCCUGGGGCCGAACUUUGUGCUCGAUCCAAUCAGCUUCCUGUGUGCGGGCGGCGAACAGGGCAAGGAUGCGUGCACGGGCGACGGUGGCUCACCGCUGGUGUGUGCCUCCAGUGGACGCUGGUACGUGGUGGGCCUGGUGGCCUGGGGUAUCGGGUGCGGUAGCAACGGUAUCCCGGGUGUGUACGUUAACGUUGCUUCAUACAUUCCAUGGAUUACUACCAUCAUAGCAACGGUGUAGUGUGCUCCGGUGUGGCUCGCAGUUACAAUUACACACAUACACGCUGAACAGACAAAGCAAACACAGGCACCCGGAUGAGGCUUAUUCUAUUUACAGAAGGGAUUCAACAAAAGAUAACACUAUGCUGCAGGAAAGCGAGAGACAGAGAAAAACACAAACACUCUACUCUGGCAUCACUUUGUGUAACAAACAAUAAAAACAAUGUUUUACUUCGCUCCCGUGUCACUGCCAUAGCAACAUACCUGUGUGUGCCCAACCCAGCGUGCUGGCCUCAUAGGCCGCCGCUCUAGCUUACAACCGUUCGGCCCGCCGUUAUAACUUGGGCGUGCUUGUCGCCUCACCAUCCGCCGUCACCUUGGCAACCACCGAGUAGAUGUUGUAGCGCUUCCGGAGCAACUGAUGCACUUCGUCGGCACAGUCGAUCCGCACGCCCGCCCGCUUGUACUCCAGGUACGUCCGCAGAAAGUUGCGGUUGGUUUCGUGCACCUUCGGGUGCGACAUGUACUCGUCCACAUCCAUCCACUGGCAACCGGCAAUCUCGCGGUCGCACUUGCUAAUAUCGUCCGACAGCGGAGUCAGGGCCAUCACGAUGUACAGAUCCGAACACCCGAACCCGGCACCGUGCGCGUGCCGGAUCGAGACGACCGACUCGAAUUUGGUGCGUAUGU